AGCGCCAGCAUGGACGGCGUGGAUGUGUGGGCCACCACCUUGGCCCGGCUGAUGGCCAAGAGGAAGCCCCAGGACACCUGGGAGCUGGUCCCCGAGGAGAACCUGGCCUCAGGGCACCUGGACAGCAGCGGUUUCCAGUACCGGCUGCGGGGGCUCUCGAGGCUCCAGUGUGGCCACUGCCAGUGGGGCUGGUCCUCGGCCCACGUGCACAUCCUCUUCCACCUGUAGUGGGACGAGGAUGCCCGGCAGGGGCUGGUGAAGGUGCGCAUCUGGGCCCAGCGGUGCCGGCUGUGCCCGCAGGCGGGGCCGCCUGCCAUGGCGGCCCUGCUCAGCGUGCGGCCCUUCCUCAACAAGCCGGUGCAGUUCAUCGCGCAGAAGGGCUACAGGGAGGGCCCAGGCUCCGACCAGGGCCCCGAGAUCUGCUUCGGCGAGCACUGCGACGCCGGCGACCCGGGGGUCUGCUUCUUGCCGAAGCCCCCGGACCCUGCCUGGGGGCCAGAGGUCAAGAGCCCCAGCACCAGCAAGGGCAGGUUCACCCUGUAUGGCGGCAGCAACGUGGACGCCCCACCGCCAGCAAACAGCUGCGCGUGCUUGGCUGCAGAGAACGAGGAGGUCGUCACCGUCCCCUUCUCCCUUGUGGGCGAGGACAAGGGGCCUGUGGCCGACCCCACCGGACCGCUCACCGCUGGCAUGGGCUCCCCCUACCUGCCCACCAGCUCCAAGGCCAUGUCCAAAGGCAAACGCUUCCCGGUGAACAUCAAAGUCCCCGUGUUCCACUGCAAAGGCCUCGGCCUCAGCGGCACCAAGGAGGUGACAGGCCUCAUCUACAAAGGCCACGGCUGCAUCUCCGACCCUGAAGGAGAUGAAAAUGGAGAUGAAGACGCAGACGAUGGCUGGGGCCCCGCGUUCCGCAGCAGCAGUGCUGUCACUGAAGUCACUGAUGGAAACAGCCCGCGGCCAGUGACCUACAUCAUUGGCCUCAUGCACAACGGGGAGGGCUCCGUCACCUUCCCCUCUUCCUUGACCAAUGUGGUCCUUGAAGGCGAGGACCCCUUUGACCUCAUCUACGGCUCCCUCACCUUCCCUUUCAUCUUCGCCAACAAGGGCAAAGGCGGCGUCACCGAAGGCAAAGGGAAGGAGGAUGGCGGCAGCGGCCCUGCCACUGCUGGCCGUGAGCCCCUUCCAGGGACCAAUGCCAGUGGCCCUGUCCCCAUCAGCGAGGGCUCCGUCACUAUCCCCUUCUCCGUCCUCAGUAUCAUUUAGAGCAAGGGCUCUAGCGGCGAUGACAGUGGCCCUCAAAGCAAUGGCCUUGCCACCCCUGGCUUUUCCAAGAAGCAGAGGCAGCCGGGGCCCAGGGCGGGCAAGUCCGGCCCUGGGUGCUACUGGGAGGAGGACUUCUGCUGGGCCGAAGGCUUCUGCUUCGACCCCUACGAAGAAGUCUGGAUCUGGGUCUCCGUGACCGUCUGCAUCCUCUGGGUACUGUACCUGUACAAGUUCAGCCCUGACCACUCCCCGCGGGUGUGA